ACUUUUAUGUCUCAUUUCAUUUGCAGAAAUCCAAAUCACUUCGAAGCUAAGUCAAGCUUCAUCAAUGGAGUCCUUUAAUCCCAACAGACUUCUCAAAGAACAAUUCGUGAGCAACUUAACUGGAUCCUCGAAGCUCGAAAUUUUCUCUUUGAUCACAAAUCUUUCAAUUUUGAUUCUUAUUAGACGGUGCAUCGGAUUCAAUCGGAUCCAUAAUGGUUAUCCUAAGAAAGAUGAUAAUGUUGCUGGUGGUGGAAAGAGCUUCAGAGCUUAUGUUGCUGUAUUGCUUAUUGAUUUUCUCUGCAUUGCUGUGCCUUAUAUUUUAUACUUAACUGUUCUGGCAGAAUGGACUUAUUGGAGCACAAUCGUGAUGCUUUUGCUGCUGUCUUCCCUGAAAACAUUUGAUAGAAAUCUACCUUCGUUCUUGCAGGAAGGUGAUGUAGACUCUAUUAGGGACGAUAUCACAUCCUACAGGGUCUCAAUGAUGCUUGCUACAUGCUUCUCUAUUUUGGCUGUUGAUUUCAAGAUAUUCCCCAGAAGAUACGCAAAAACCGAGACAUAUGGAACUAGCCUGAUGGAUCUUGGUGUUGGCUCAUUUGUAGUAGCAAAUGCCUUGGUUUCGCGACAGGCACGGGGCAUUGCAAAUAUGACAUUGAGUCAAGGUCUUCGUUCUACUAGUCCAUUGAUUAUUUUGGGGUUUGCUCGUCUUGUCUCUACAUCAAGUGUGAAUUACCAGGUUCAUGUUGGUGAAUAUGGUGUCCACUGGAACUUCUUUUUCACUCUAGCUGCUGUAGCCAUCCUCACGUUAAUUGUUAACAUUCAUCCAGAAUACUGUGGUAUUCUAGGCUCAUUCAUCCUAAUAGGUUAUCAAGCUUUACUAUUGUGUGGGCUGAAUAAAUAUCUUCUAUCUGACGAAAGGAAAACUGACAUCUUUAGUCAAAACAAGGAAGGGAUAUUUAGCAUAUUUGGAUAUUGGGGUAUGUAUCUAUUAGGUGUCAGAAUUGGAAGCUAUGCCUUCUUCGGAGACAACACCGAUGCUAAGUUGAAAACCAAGAAAUCCACAAGAACUAGAGUUUGGGCUCUUUGCAUGUUUUUCUGGUUACUAACGUUGCUUCUAGACUGGUAUGUUGAAGCAGCAUCACGGCGAAUGUGCAACAUGGCAUAUGUUUCUCUUAUCUUGGCUUUCAACCUUCAGGUGUUAGCCAUUGUGAUGAUGUUCGACUGUGUUUCUGGACGUAAGAGUUCAGCCAUGGAAGAAGCUUUUAGUCGGAAUAUGCUGGCUUCGUUUCUUCUGGCGAAUGUUCUUACGGGACUGGUUAACUUGUCCAUUGACACUCUGUCUGCAUCCUCCAUCUCAGCUCUUGCUAUCUUGUUUGUGUAUGCCUUUAUUUUAUGUUUUGGUGUCGGAAUUGCAGAUUUUUUUGGCAUGAAGUUGAAGUUUUGGUAGUCUGCAACUCAACUCGAUAAAAUGUAUUAGUACAAGGAUCUCUAGAUGUGUUUGCCAAUUUUGUUAUAUCCUUUUUAUUUAUUUUUGAUGUAGAAUAAUCGAGAUUGAAUUCGACAUCUGGUUUAUGAAUGUAACAGAUAGUUAUUUGCAAGUAUUUGAAAUAGAUUGGCCAAAAUUUAUUUGAA